AUGUCGUUACUGGAACGCCUCAAAGAUUUCGAUGCAUACACGAAACCGUUGGAUGAUUUCCGUGUCCGUACUUUUGCUGGUGGAGCUGUUACUCUAGUAAGCAGCGCCGUGAUUAUAUUCAUGUUUGUAUCAGAAACCCUGUCGUUUCUAUCAGUGGAUAUAGUUGAACAGCUUUAUGUAGAUUCGACACCUGCCGAACAACGAGUCGAUGUUAAUUUUGACAUCACAUUUCCUCGUUUACCUUGUUCUGUGAUAACAAUUGAUGUAAUGGAUUUAAGUGGUGAUAAUCAGGAUGAUAUCAAGGAUGAUGUAUACAAAAUAAGUUUGUUGAAUGGGAAAGAAGGAAAUGGAAUCAGACAAGGAGUGAAUAUUAAUACGACCACGGUAUCGUCAGUUCCUGCUUCUCAAAUUCUGUGUGGUAGUUGUUAUGGGGCAAAAGACGGGUGUUGUAAUACAUGUGAAGAGGUGAAAGAAGCGUAUAUUAAAAAAGGAUGGGAAUUAGUCAAUAUAGAAACUGUUGAGCAAUGUAAAAGCGAUUUGUGGGUUAAAAAAAUGAACGAACAUAAAAAUGAAGGUUGUCGAGUUUAUGGCAAGGUCCAAGUCGCCAAGGUUGCUGGUAAUUUCCAUAUUGCACCCGGUGAUCCACUCAAAGCCCAUCGAUCGCAUUUUCAUGAUUUACAUUCUCUUUCACCUUCAAAAUUCGACACGAGUCAUACAGUCAAUCAUUUAUCUUUUGGAAAUUCAUUUCCAGGCAAGGUUUAUCCAUUGGACGGAAAAUUUUUUGGAUCUGCAAAGGACUCAGGUAUAAUGUAUCAAUAUCAUCUAAAAUUGGUACCAACUUCAUAUGUUUUUUUGGAUUCUACUCGGAAUAUCUUCAGUCACCUUUUCUCAGUCACUACUUAUCAAAAAGAUAUAUCUCAGGGAGCGUCCGGUUUACCUGGUUUUUUCAUACAGUAUGAAUUUUCACCGUUGAUGGUCAAAUAUGAGGAAAGGCGACAGAGUCUAUCUACAUUUCUGGUUUCAAUAUGUGCUAUUAUUGGUGGUAUCUUCACGGUUGCAAGCUUGAUUGAUGCAUUCAUAUAUCGUUCGGGAAGAAUUAUUAGCCAAAAAAUUAUGCUUAAUAAAUAUAUAUAA